CCCAUGGGAAUGGCAAUGAGUCGUGUUGUAUUUGUGGCGAAAAAAAUUUAUGUGUCGAUUGGAUUGGACCCCGCCUUGUUAAAUUUUACCUCAUUCGACCUGCUGGAGGCAUGAUAAGGAGCGCAGCAUGACGGAGAAGAUUACGCUAGCCGACGCGCUGUCCAAUGUGGAGGUGUUGGACGAGCUUUCGCUGCCGGACGAGCAGCCCUGCAUCGAGGCACAGCCCUGUUCGAUUAUCUACAAGGCAAACUUCGACACGAACUUCGAGGACCGCAAUGGAUUUGUUACAGGAAUUGCCAAGUACAUCGAGGAGGCCACCACCCACGCCAACUUGAAUGUGCUCCUGGACGAGGGGCAGAAACAUGCAGUCAUGCUCUACACCUGGCGUUGCUGUUCCCGCGCCAUUCCACAACCCAAGUCCAACGAGCAGCCCAAUCGCGUGGAGAUCUACGAGAAGACGGUGGAAGUCCUGGCCCCAGAGGUGAACAAGCUUCUGAACUUCAUGUACUUCCAGCGGAAGGCCAUCGAGGCCUUCUCCGGGGAGGUGAAACGCCUGUGUCACGCUGAGAAGCGUAAAGACUUCGUAUCCGAGGCUUACCUGCUAACGCUGGGCAAGUUCAUUAACAUGUUCGCCGUCCUGGACGAGCUGAAGAACAUGAAGUCCAGCGUUAAGAACGAUUACUCUACGUACAGGCGAGCGGCGCAGUUCCUCAAGGUGAUGUCCGACUCACACACUCUGCAGGAAUCCCAGAACCUCUCCAUGUUUCUGGCUACGCAGAACAAGAUCCGCGACACGGUCAAGGACACGCUGGAGAAGAUCGUCGGCUACGAGGAUUUGUUGUCGGAUGUGGUUAACAUUUGCGUACACAUGUUCGAGACAAAAAUGUACUUGACCCCCGAGGAGAAACAUAUGCUGGUAAAGGUAAUGGGCUUCGGCCUGUUUCUUAUGGACAGCGACGCGUGCAAUAUCAACAAGCUCGAUCAGAAGAAGAAGAUUCGUCUAGAUCGUAUUGACCGCAUCUUUAAGAACCUUGAGGUGGUGCCUCUGUUUGGCGACAUGCAAAUCGCCCCCUUCAACUACAUAAAGCGCAGCAAGCACUUUGAUUCCAGCAAGUGGCCGCUGUCCAGCUCAAACGCCAUUAGUCCCCAGGCGGAUUUGAUGGUGCACCUGCCGCAGAUUCGCGAGGAUCACGUCAAGUAUAUUUCGGAGUUGGCGCGAUACACAAACGAGGUGACCACCACCGUCAAGGAGAAUCCCUCUGAUGCUGAGAACCGGAUUACUGCCGAUUUGGCCCUGCGCGGCCUGCAACUGUUGUCGGAAUGGACCAGUGUGGUCACCGAGCUGUACUCCUGGAAGCUACUGCACCCAACAGACCACCACCAAAACAAGGAGUGUCCCGUUGAGGCCGAGGAGUACGAGCGGGCCACCCGUUAUAACUACACCUCCGAGGAAAAGUUCGCCCUCAUCGAAGUGAUUGCCAUGAUUAAGGGACUGCAAGUGCUGAUGGCGCGCAUCGAGACCGUGUUGUGCGAGGCCAUCCGACGUAACAUCUACUCCGAGCUGCAGGACUUUGUCCAGCUUUCGUUGCGUGAACCGCUGCGCAAGGCCGUGAAGAACAAGAAGGACUUGAUCCGCAGCAUCAUUAUGUCGGUGCGUGAGACUUCGGCGGACUGGCAGAAGGGCUACGAGCCCACCGACGAUCCAGUGGCCAAGGGGAAGAAGGAUCCCGACGGCGGAUUCCGUAUCCAGGUGCCGCGCCUCAAUGUGGGACCCUCCUCGACACAGUUGUACAUGGUACGCACCAUGUUGGAGUCCUUGAUUGCCGAUAAGAGCGGCGGCAAGCGCACACUACGCAAGGACAUCGACGGCAAUUGCCUGGUGCAGAUCGACACGUUUCACAAGACCUCGUUUUACUGGAGCUACCUGCUCAACUUCAGCGACACGCUCCAAAAGUGCUGCGAUCUCUCGCAGUUGUGGUAUCGCGAGUUCUACUUAGAAAUGACCAUGGGCCGAAAGGUUAACAAGUGUUUGGUGCGGCAUCAGCACAACGAGGAGUGCAAGGAUCUGAUCACCAUGGAGAAGCGCAUACAGUUCCCGAUUGAGAUGUCCAUGCCGUGGAUUCUUACUGAUCACAUUCUGCAAACGAAGGAGCCCUCAAUGAUGGAAUUUGUUUUGUACCCCCUGGAUCUGUACAACGAUUCGGCGUUCUACGCCCUCACCGUCUUCCGAAAGCAGUUCCUCUACGACGAGGUGGAGGCUGAAGUGAAUCUGUGCUUCGACCAGUUCGUUUACAAGCUGAGCGAGCAGAUAUUUGCCCACUACAAGCAGUUGGCGGGGAGUAUUUUUCUGGACAAGCGAUUCCGCCUGGAAUGCGAGGUGCUUGGUUUCAACUUCCAAUCAUAUCCGCGCAACAACCGAUAUGAGACUUUGUUAAAGCAACGACAUGUCCAACUAUUGGGCCGUUCAAUUGACCUAAACAAACUGAUCACACAACGCAUCAACGCUAAUAUGCACAAGAGCAUUGAAUUGGCCAUCAGCCGUUUCGAGGGCAACGACAUUACCGGCAUUGUGGAACUUGAAGGUCUACUGGAGGCGAAUCGAAUUUGCCACAAGUUACUGAGCAAAUAUUUGGCCCUGGACAACUUUGACGGCAUGGUGAAGGAGGCUAACCACAACGUCCUCGCGCCAUACGGCAGGAUCACAUUGCACGUCUUUGUGGAAUUAAACUACGACUUCCUGGUCAAUUACUGCUAUAACGCAGCCACAAAUCGUUUCAUUCGAACCAAAGUUAAUCUGUCGUCGUCACAAGCUAUACAGCGAGAGAAACCGCCACAAAUGUCGCAUUACUAUCUGUGGGGUUCCAAGCAGCUCAAUGCUGCUUAUUCCACCCAGUAUGGUCAGUACACCGGUUUUGUUGGAUCGCCGCAUUUUCAUGCCAUGUGCCGUCUGCUUGGCUAUCAGGGCAUCGCAGUCGUCAUGGACAUUAUAUUGAAGGACAUUGUGAAACCGCUGAUCCAGGGCUCACUGCUGCAGUUCACCAAAACGCUUAUGAUUGCCAUGCCCAAGUCCUGCAAACUUCCCCGUUGCGAGUACGGGUCUCCAGGAGUGCUAAGUUACUACCAGGCCCAUCUUACAGACAUCGUGCAAUAUCCGGACGCGAAGACAGAACUGUUUCAGUCGUUCCGGGAGUUUGGCAACAGCAUAAUCUUUUGCCUACUGAUUGAACAGGCGCUCUCUCAGGAGGAGGUGUGCGAUCUACUGCACGCUGCCCUCUUCCAAAACAUCUUUCCCAGGCCGUUUUGCAAAGAGAACGAGAAACCAGAGGCUAAGCAAAAGCGCCUUGAGGCUCAGUUUGCCAACCUGCAGAUAGUUUCAAACGUAGAAAAAAUCGGCACUGCAAAGCAAGCCAUGAUUGCACGCGAGGGAGAUUUGCUGACACGCGAACGCCUUUGCUGCGGGCUCAGCAUCUUCGAGGUUAUUCUUAACCGGGUAAAGAGCUAUUUGGACGAUCCGGUGUGGUGUGGUCCCCCACCAGCCAACGGAAUUAUCCAUGUGGACGAGUGCUCGGAGUUCCAUCGCCUGUGGUCGGCUCUGCAGUUCGUCUAUUGCAUUCCAGUGAGGGGAACGGAGUACACCAUUGAGGAACUCUUUGGGGAGGGUCUCAACUGGGCGGGUUGCGUCAUGAUCGUAUUGCUUGGCCAGCAGCGACGCUUCGAAGCUCUGGACUUUUGCUACCACAUUCUGCGUGUACAACGCGUUGAUGGCAAGGAUGAGGACGUCAAGGGCAUUCAACUAAAGCGAAUGGUGGAUCGGAUUCGUCGGUUCCAGGUAUUAAACUCACAAAUCUUCUCCAUUCUCAACAAGUAUCUGAAGGGCGGCGACGGCGAGGGCUCAAAUGUAGAGCAUGUACGGUGCUUUCCACCGCCGCAGCAUCCCUCGGUCAUAUCGUCAUCGUCGCACUACCAGGAUCCCCAGAAGCUGCGUCAGAGCAUGAACAAUUGAAAGCUCCCUUGCAAAGGAUGCAUUUAAGCUAACCGCAUACAAAUAGGUUAUUUUUAAUCGCAGUUAAAAUUAGUCCCCUAGGUGGAAAGUGUGGCAAUGUAGGAGCCGAAAAGCCAAGUUAUUGGAUAUGCUGCCCACAUCAUGGCCAUUUGUUUAGGCAAAGGGGUAGUCUUGGUUUUAUUUGAAUUCGAUUUUAUUGGAAAUCUCUUUUGGUAUGUCGCAUUCAAUGAUAACAGUACGUUAAAUGUAUUAUCCAAGCAAUUAUACAUAUAUGUAAUAUUGAUUCCCUAGCUACGGCAUUCGAUUCAACUACUCGUAAAUUAUCCCAAAUACUCUACUCUAAGCUCCCUAAGAUAUUAUGUUUGGCCUCCUAUAUUUCUUUGCUACAAAUAGAAACAUUCUUGUUUUGCUCCCCGAUUUGAGAAUCAAAUUAGCCAAAGAAUUGAUGACAGCACGGCGAAAUAAAAACGAAUUGGCUUUAAACACAAUCAAAGUAUUACAAAAUAGAUGCCGCACAGUGACAGCCAACAUUGAGACACAUACAAUUAAUACAAUGAACAUUAUCGAAUAAAAUUUUCAUACGUAUUUCUAACAAACC